GGGCGGGAGUUGCUUGAAAACGGGUGCGAAAUAAAAAAUAUCGCCAAACACCCAAAAUCAAGAUUCAGGCGGUUUUAACGUCUCUUCACUUUCUGAAUAAAAACACCAGGUGACUUUGAGCAGCUAUGGCCCGUACUAAACAGACCGCCCGUAAGUCGACAGGAGGAAAAGCCCCCCGAAAGCAGCUCGCCACCAAAGCUGCCCGUAAGAGUGCUCCCUCUACUGGAGGGGUGAAGAAGCCCCAUCGCUACAGGCCGGGUACCGUGGCUCUGCGUGAGAUCCGUCGGUAUCAGAAGUCGACGGAGCUGCUGAUCCGAAAGCUGCCGUUCCAGCGUCUGGUCAGAGAAAUCGCCCAGGACUUCAAAACGGACCUGAGGUUCCAGAGCGCCGCCAUCGGAGCCCUGCAGGAGGCCAGCGAGGCGUACCUGGUGGGUCUGUUCGAGGACACUAACUUGUGCGCCAUCCACGCCAAGCGUGUCACCAUCAUGCCCAAAGACAUCCAGCUGGCCCGCCGGAUCCGUGGAGAGCGCGCCUAAAAGCCCGACCCCAAAAUCUCUCUUUCUCUUCUCUACUCUUGUCUUUCCUUCCCUCAGUGUGGAUCAUCAUGACGAAACCGUCGUUUUUUUGUGUGUGUUUGUUUGUUUGUGUUCUCUUUUGCUUUGAAACUCACGGCGAACAGACGUGUGCAGAAGUGAGGGUAGAUUAAUUUACGCACAUAAACGUGGCUGUAAAACGUGUUUCUGGAUCGGUGGGUUGUUGUAGAUCUAGAGGGGUUUUCGCAGUAGCUGAAUUGUAGAAGGGAAUUUGGAGUUCGGAAUGAUUUAAUUUGAGGCUAAUUUGUACGUGAUUGGAAUCAGAGCCCUGUCCAGAAUCCCACAUCCAGAUUAGGGCUGCACGAUUCGUACUAAACUCCGAUAUUGUGAUUAUAUUGGAGCGACGUAUUCAGACCUGUUGAUGCAUCGGCGGUUAAAGAUCUGCAUUAUUUUGACCAACAUAAUUUGCUUUUGGAUUGAAUUUGCUGAUUGUAUCAGAACAUCCACAAAAACUCUGGAGCUCUGAUUGGUCUGGACGCUCACAGCACUCAGUAUCAGAAUGAUGAACCGAUACAUCGUGCAGCCCUUAAUCAGACAGAGUUCAGUUAAAAAGAACAGAUUUACUCUUUUAUUACACGAGAAAUCACCACGGCAUUAACCUGCGUCCUCCUGAUUGGCUGUUUUCGUACUGAAAUGUACAGAUUUACUGAUUUAGGUGUCGGGAUUGUGGUUAAAAUCUGGUCAAAUCUGUUUUAAAGGGUUUAAGGGCUCCUUUGGUAUGGGGACCAUCCUCUUCAGGGUGUUUCCACUCAUCACUGGAUUCGUGUAGAUUUUCAUGAAGCACACUCUCUUCCUCUAUAAACAUGUUUUGUGUCUUUUGUUAUUGAGUGCUUUUAUAUUAUUAUUAUUUUUUAUCUUUACUGGUGUGAUAGAACAUUAUUUGUAUUCAUGUUUGUCAGAGUGUUUCACCGUAGACUGUUUCCCAACUUUUCCCAAUUCAGGAAGAUAAAGUUAAUUUUUUUUCCACAUAUUGGCAAAUAACUGUCUUUAUCUUUGACUACAAGACUAUAAAUACAUGUAGUGGGUGUUUAAAGCAGUUUCCUUUUUUUAUCCCAUUUUCAUGAAUCCGGGUGUCAUUUGUAGGUGACUGCUCAGGUUUUUCUACAUUUUUUUUAACAGACGUAAAAAGCAUAUCUUUGUGUUUUCGGAAUUUACGAAAUGGAAAAAUAAACGUGUUUUUCCU